CAGCCACUACAUCUGUCAUCAGCUGGGCCCACUGCCCGCCGUCUUCCCUUCACCGGUCGCAGCAGACCAAAGGAAGCUGGGUUGAGGCAGAUAUUCGCCAUGGACUUUCAUUGGUCGCACGCAAAGCACGAGCUCCAAGCCACACGCGCAUAACUGUCUCCUUAGCUCUCUGGCUGGCGCAUUCAUCCAAGACUUCUUCGUUCUCGGAGCUCUUCAUGCGCGAAUGUUCCAGUCGGAUGUCCUAUCGAAUGAAACAGGGAUGUCUUGUGCAACGAGAGGGGCUUGUCUGUCUGUCCGCGCAUCGACUGCUCGCAGCGAUUCUUGAUAUUCCCGUCGUAUUGUCCAAUUCUCUCACUUGCGAACCCCGUCGUCCGUCUUAGUGCCAAUGCAGAUGAAGACACCGCGACCGCAUAUCAUCAAGCACGCCGCCCUGAUACUCUGAACACCUCUGGCAUCCAUAGAUCACGACCCGGGAUGCUGAUUCGCGCUAUCAGAAACGAUAAUCCCGGGUCCCUCACCCUCAUAGUCCAGUCGAAGAUCUUGCGUGUGGAUUCCCUCCAUGCGUGUCGUUGACCCAGUAUCGAGGAAGAGCUGGCGAAGAUGUAUCAUCAAAUCGGUCACCGGGAGUCUAUCGUCUUCUCCGGUCACUAUCUGCUCAGUGCUAGCUUUCAAACAUGUGUCUAUCGGAUUGUCGCUGCACCUCAAAACCACAGACACUUCCGAAUCGCAGUCACUGGGUGGAUGAGGACCGUUCGCAGAAUCGAAUGUGUCUGAAUCACACUGGCGGAUUGUACCAAGUUCGAUCUCGCGUCGGUAUCAUGGAGAGCAUUGCAUACAUUACAUCUCGGUCCAGUAUCGACCCUGGUCUUCCCCUGUGCAUCCGCAUGUCUAGCGGCGUGAGUCGACCCUCCAGGUCGCUGGUGGUUCGGUUCACUUUCCUAUCGCGUGGCAACAUCGUUUGAUCGCGCAUCUGGUCUAAUUGCUGAGUCGCCAUGCUUAUCUUCCUGAGCUCUGGUUACAGCCACCCGCUGAUCUACUGCCCGCUACCCCCUGCGACCGUGCUCUUGGAAGGCAGUAUCAAUGACAAUCAGGUAUCGCGACGGUGCAUUUGAACAGGCGGUGAAUUCUUCCGGAGCGGAGAUGGCCGCUACCUGGUCUCAUCCUCCAUGUACUGCCUCGGCUGAAACUCGUCCGGCUGCUCCAGGAAGCCGCUGUGCGCAUUGAGGUCUCAGUUAGGAUACAUAGUUCGUCUGCUCCGGCGUCGUAUGUCGAAGCUGGGUUAGAGAGUGAAGCAAAUGCGUGGUCUUCGGGCUUAAAAUGCAUUGAGGAGAUCUUAUCUGUAUCCGCGUAACCUUGGAAUCAUGAGCUCUAGUCCACUGAAAAGCACCGCCACAUCGUCCAAUCGAUCACGACCUCUAUUCUUACCAAAGUACCAUCCACUGGAGGCAAUGUCCUCUGCUGCGCCCUGCACAAGAUGCGGAGCAGAUAGCAGCUCAGUCACCGCGCCCGAGACUCUUGUACCCUCAUCUCUUUUUGCGAGUAUGCGUGCCCUGUCGAACACAAAUCAGGUUCCUCUGGAUUCCGAGUUGAGGCUGAUGCGCUCGAUUGUGGAACAAGCGAAAACGAAGCUGUCACGCCUGGAAGAGGAGGUGGUAUGGAUUGAAGAAAGACGAUGUGCUUUGAAGGCAGAAACAGCUAGCUUGGCACAAUUCUACGCUGAGAAUGCGCCGGCUGUGUCCGCCGUGAGACGCAUGCCAUACGAGGUCUUGUGCGAGAUCUUUCGGGGCACGUUGCCAUCCGUGGCAGAAUUGCACGAGGAAAGAAAGAUCCGGACCACUCAGUUCCCGUGGGUCCUAACUCAAGUCUCUCGUCGAUGGAGAACAACGGCCGUAUCUCUCCCAUCGCUUUGGUCUCGAGUCAUCGUCAACUUCAGCGAUGAAGACAAACAUAUUUCCUCCAAUGCAUAUCCCCAACCUCUUCUCGCCACACAGCUUGGCCGCGCGCGCUCUCUGUCGGUCCACUUCGCAAGUUCAGGCAGUCGCAAAUCUGGUACCCAAGCGCACCUGUUCAAGUUCCUCGCGGGCACGUCCUGUCGUUGGACAGAGCUAGAGCUUGUCAUUUCCUGCACCAUCCUAAGAUCUUUACAGCUCCUACAAUCGAAUCUUCCGGCUCUGAAAAGAUUGAGGAUCUCCUGGGACGACUCUUGGGAGAAUGACUACGAUAGUGCCAGUUCUCACGUCUGGUGGCGCCAAACCCGGGAAUUGAAAUGCUUCGAAGCUGCACCAUCGCUGAGGCAUCUCAUGAUGCGGAAAACCUCCACCCGACAGUGGCCUAUUCGCCUUCCCUUCCAUCUCCUCACCACCUGCCAAAUCCGAGUCAAUGACCUUUUCCAGGGAUGCCUGGCCCUACUGACGCAGGCGACCCACCUCAUUCGGGUCCGCAUCGAGAUACACACCGAGCAGGAGUCGCAGAUUAUCAAUUUCCGCAGAGACCGGGCCGCACUCAUCCGUUUGCCAUCCUUGACACAUUGCUAUGUUUCGCAUUUCGAGAUUCUUGGCUACUUUAUCCUUCCAGCCCUAGAGGACUUGGUCGUCGAGUGCGAGGAAAACGAAGACAUCGACAACUUCGUGCAGACUGCGACAGCCCUGGUCACUCGCUCGACAUGCGUGCAUUUGCGUGCACUGAGCCUGAAAUCUCUCCCGCUCGCUGCCAUCCAGCUGUCGGAGCAAAUCCCUUCGAUCACUGAGCUGCGCACUUUCCACUCGAUACGCGCCGGAUCUCAGCUCACGCGCAAAUUGAUGCCGUCUCUGGUCGUCUACGGCUCCCAGCCUAUCGUGGCACCCCAGCUGCAAUCCAUCCUGAUAUACGCCUUAGGCGAAUCCGUCGCAUCCUUCGAUCUCAGACUCUACCGCGCCAUGCUCCACAGUCGUCUCCAUGCGGAACCGAUGGAAUUGCAACGUUCUUUUCUCCUUCUGUCCGAUGCGAGUGCAUUGGACUCGGAUUCUCUUGCCAGCCUCCAUGGCCUGACCAACGACCAGUUCCGAUUCACGUUGCUGCUCGGUGACCAAGCUUUGGAAUACAGUUGCGACCUGGACGGGGAUCUGAUUGUGAUAUAAACCGUUUCUGUGAUAAUAUCGUAGUACGAAGACCUUCAAAGAUUGUAACUAGAGCCUCAGGUGCUGGCUGGCAUCAGUGACUAAUACGACCAAACACAUAUCUUGCC